AUGGCUGAGGAGGCAUUGUCCGCUGCACCUCCUGAAGGGGCACAGGCAAAUAUCGGCGGUCCCGAUGGAACCAAAGACCAGCCUCAAACCCUAACACCACAAACAGAGCUGGCUAAGGACACAAAGCCCUACCAGGCCAUCCAGUCCUCAGAAACAACAGACAUCGCGGCCGGGUCGCUCACAUCUCCCACGUCUACACAACAAAGUGGGCCGUCGUCUGGCCCAGUUCCGCUAGAUUCACCUCUACGUACCACCCCAAUCCAUCCAUCGUUGUCCUCGGUGAAAAUCCCCGCAGCCGCAGUCGCGGGCGCUACCGAGCCAAACACCAACCCCGUGACGCUGAAACCAUUCACCGACGCAGAACUCUCGAAGUACGGAUUUGAAAAGCUACGCGCUCAUAUCACGAUGAGAAAACCUGGCACAGAAGUGGGUGGUGGCGCGACACCCGAUUCUGGAGCAGCAACUGGUGUGGGUGCAGGAAAAGCGAACGAAGAGGAAAUCAAGAAGCUGAGAGAUGAGACGGCCGCGCUGCUGAAGCAGAAAAUCGACGAGCGCGAGGCCAAGAUCCGCGAGAUCGAGCGUGAGAUGGAGGAGAAAGAAAAGAUUCGCGAGGUCGAACGGAAGGUGUUUCGCAAGAAACUGGGCGGGAAUGCGCCAGCGACUGGAAGUGCUACGCCCGGACCGGCAACGACGAUCGCUACUGCUCCUACUACUGUGGCUGGAGCUGUGGACUCGUGA